ACAAAUCUCAAAUCCAGUAAAGAAAAUGGCCAGCCUAGCUAUGUACCAAAACCAUCUUGAUAGAAUUAAGAUCUAUAGAUACAUUUAUGAUGUGGCUAGUUGAAAUUAUUUAGAACAAGAACGAUUCAACAUGAAAGAAUAAAGUUUGUAUACACCAAACAAAUCCAACUUAACGAAAACAUCACUAAACAACAUGGCCGCUCGUGAAAACUACAUUGUUGACAAGUUAGAUGACCUUACUUCUUCACUACACCGUACAACAGAUGUUUUAUCAUCAGCUGAUAGGAUGAUUGAUCAUUACAGAGAUUUGAAUCGUGAACAAGAGCAUGAAAUAGCAAGACUGCAUAUUGAUCUCCAUAAGUUAUCCAGCGACAAAAGGUUCAAUGAAUCAAAGCUUAGAAGUUCGAGGUCACUUCGUAAAGACAAAAAAGAAACAUUUCAUGACACAUCAAGUGAAUUAUCAAGUGAUGAUCAACAAAAAAGAAUGGCAUCUAAAACCCAUAAAAAAUAUUCACCCAGUCCAUCAAGAGUUCAUUUUGAGGGGGAUUCGUUAUCUUCAGACAACGAGAAAGGAAAUUUGAAGCAUUCAAUAGUAAACAUAAAGAGAAGACAAGAUAUGAUUGAAAGAGAGAUACAAAAAGAUAGACAACUACGUAAUGAUGAGCUUGAUAGAUUGGAUUUAACACUCCGUAAACAAUUUGAUGCUUCCUAUCAAGAGGAGCAAGUAAAAACGCAAAUGAAUAAUCAAUUGAGGAAGAUUCAAGAACAGAUUGAAGACGAUCAUAACGAUUGGAGAGAACAGAAAAAAGAAAUUAAAAGCAUUGCAGAUGAAAUGAAAUCUCUAAAGGAUGCUGUGUUGGAUGCAACGACUCCAAAAUCAAAAAAUGUCAAGUCAAGAAUACAUUCGCCAGAAAGGAUGGAAGAGGAAUUAAAUUUAUACAAAAAGAAAUGUUUAAAGGAUGCAGAAAUAAUAAAAUUUCUGAAUGAAGAAGUCCAAAAGAAGGAGAGAGAAUCGAAUGCAUUCCAAUCAACAAUUGGUGAAUUUCAAUCACUUGGUAAAAUGAAGUCAGACCAAUUAAAAUUACUUGAAGAUCAACUACAAUGCGAGAAGAGUGAAAAACACAAACUUUUUCAGGAUCUUGAAGACUUGCAAGUGAAGCUUUUUAAGACGGAAAAGAAGAAUGAAAGUUUUCUGCUGCAACUUUCUACUAUGAAAGCUGACGAAAGAUCUGACCAACUUGCAUAUGAGAGAUUAUCCCAGCAAGUACCUGAGUUAAAACGUUUGUUGGAGAAAAGUGAAAGACAACGAGAUAAAUAUUCUGAGCAUAUGCUUAAAAUCGAUUCAGAAUUAAGCCUUAAAGAAAACAUAAUUGAAAAGUUAUCGAGUGAAGUGAAAGAGAGCAAAAUGAAGAUGCAUGUUCUGGAGAUGGAAUUAGAAAAGCACGUGAAACAAAUAGAAGAAGAAAAAACGAAAUUUGCUGACAUCAAGCAAGAGCUUGACGUUGUUAAAACUGCACUGUCUAAUGCAGAAAAAACAAUACAAAGUUCAGAGCAAAGUCGAAAAGAAUUAAAAGAAAAAGCAUUAAACUCGAUAAGAGAAUAUCGUUCCAAAUGUCGACAGUAUGAGAAACAAUUGCAAAAUGCUGCGGAAUUUGAAAAAACAAAAGAACUGGAGUUAUCCAAAGAAAUGGCAAAUGCCAAGGAAUUGGAAAUCAGUAAUUUAAAACUACAAAAAAAGUACCAAGAAAGUGUUUUUGAACUUGAAAAGUUACAAAAUGACGUGUUGGAGUACGAAAAUAGAUUAUCAGAGCUGGGUUAUGAGAAGUCACAACUUCAAGAAGCACUCUCUGAUGUGAAUGGCGAAGCGAGGCAGGUUAUGAUAUUGCAGAAAGAAAUCCAAGAACUGAAAAACGAGAAGCUAGCGAUAAAUUCACAAUUGCUCGAUGAAAAGAGCAAAAGGAGAGAAUUUGAAUCCUUACUGCGCGACAAUUAUGAAAAAGAUCUUACUUCAAAGGAGGAGAGUUCGGCACUCCAUAAGCAGAUAUUGGAAGAGCGUAACAAUAGAAUGCAAGAAAUAGCAAAAAUGAGAGAGGAAAGUGAGAAAGAUUUUGAAAGGAAACUGGACAAGUUGCGUGAUAAAAUUAAAAAAACAGAAAAUGAAAAGUUGGACCUGGAAAACAAACUGCACGUCUGUAGAGAAGCAAAAGAAGAAGUAGAUAGAAAAUUAGAAGUACAAGUAAAAGAAAAAUCUCUCCUAUUGGACACAGAAAAAGAAUUCAAAGAAAAGAUUCACAGGCUUGCUGAAGAAAACAAAAAAUUAAGAAAACACGUCCAGCUAUCAAAAUUGGAUUCCAAAGAGAAAUUACAAGUACUGGAAUCUCAACUAAAAUUCGAAAAAGACCAAAAUACUGUGCUUCAAGAACGUCUUGAAGUGAACCAAUCCGAAUUGACGCAGUUGAAAGACGUUGCCAAAAUUCUAAUAAAUAUCUCGAAUCGAGAUGCUGAAAAUAUUUUGAAUUUAUUAUCUCAUGAAGAAGAAACGGUACUGCCGGUAAAAGACAUCCCUGAAACUAUUCCGCCGGAACAUCGAAAAUUCUUACUCGAAUUGCGAGAAAAACUCGAUACUAGUUACUCGAUCGCGAAAACUCUUAAACGGAGAUUCCAGCAGCAGAAACUACUGAUAAAGAGAGCUCAAGAAAGAAUAAAAGCACAGCUGAAGGAGAUCAAUGAUGUGAAUCAAACUCAUCGAAAACAGUGUGAAAAGCAAAACGAACAGAUAAACGAACUUCAAAAAUCUCAACUUGCAAAUAAAGAAAGUUUGAUGGAGAAAGAUAGGAAGAUACUGUUGCUUAAGAGUCGUGUUGAUGAACUAACAAAACAUUUAGGAGAAUGCACACGAGCUUUACAUCAAACUACCGAAGCUGAGCAAGAACGCAAAAAUGUCCUUCGAGAAAUUGAACAGUUGAAAAGUGAACACGUGGUCAACAAAAAAAUCGAUGAAAAUUAUUUCAGAGGCUCAGAGAAAAUCGAAGUUUUAACAGAGCAAUUAAACGAGGCGAAAAACUCGUUAAGCCAAAUGCGACAAGACAGUUUAGAUAGUAACAAUUUUACUAACCGUGUAAUUGAAACAUUUGGGUCAGUGAGUCCAGCCAGAAAACGCAAACUGUAUUCGUUUAACUCGCCUCGAUUUAAAAGUACAGUAAGGAAUUUGUUUGAUGGUUCUUCACUUCAGUCAUAUUUUGAAGACUCAAAAGGGGGCUCUCCACCCCGUAGCACUAGCAAACGAACAAUUGAUCCAAUGUCUAUGACUGAUGAAGAGUUUAACGAUAUAUUUAUACAAAAUAAAUCACCAAGAAGGAGUCCGAGAAAAUCAAAGUCCUCUAAGAAGGAGAAUGUGAGGCGGUCAACAGAAAGUAACAAAGAUAAAGAUGGUAAAAAAGUUUCCUAUAAAGAUGAUUAAAUUAUUUAUUUAUUUUAUUUACAAGUAGUUAUAAGAAUUCUAGUAGCAAACGCAUCCACAUUUUUAAGAAACUUAUAGCUUCUAAGAGCUGUUACAUUUCUCAGUGAGGUAUUGUGUUUAACAGUUCUACCAAUUUGUGACGAAAUUUUUUCCAGUCAAAAGAAUUUGUAUUUUGCGGAAGUUAUUUUCGCAAACCAAACAGAUUUUGAUUUUCCCGAUAGCUUCAUUUGCAGAAAGUAUCCUGGCGAUGUGAUGGAAACUGCAAAUGAUUUUUAAAACUCAUCUCUAACAAAAAUUGCGCUUAUAAGGUAGUGUAGAAAUUUGCUUUCGCGAAUUAAUUACCCUGUAAUAUUUCGCAAGCAUAAAAUUUUGUAAAAUUUUCAAAAAAAUCUUCCCGCGAAAUUUGUCCCCUUAAACUAAACGUUGUCAGUCAUUCAAUUUGCUAUUUUGAACAUUUUACCUGAAUUUAGCCAUUACGGUUUAUCAGCAAUUUGCAUAGUUAGCUACUUUUUUAAGUCUUAUAUCUCACGAACUAAAAACAUAUUCAAAAACAUUAAAAAACCUAGACAGCAUUUCAAGCACUUUCAUUUAUAAUGAACUUGUUAUGAACUUUGAGGUAAGCUUCCACCCAAUGGCGGAACAAAUUUUCAAAAACGGACUAGUUACACGAACCAAGUUUAUGCGAAAAUCAAAACUUCAAAAUCGUAAAAUCUAAGAACAUGUUAAGAAAACUAUAAGGCUUUGUGAAGCUUGACUACAUAUUUUUUACAUAAGAAUAAAAACAUAAGAUAAACCUGAAUAAACGAAAGAUGACAAAUAGCUGCAAGCAAACUAAAGAAUAUAUAUAGGGGGAAAGUAGCUGAAUUUAUUCAUAUAUGCUACCCUACAUCAAAAUCAUUUUAUUUGCAGCAAUUAAAAAAUAAUUAGCUGAUUUUAAAAGGUAGAAAGUUAAGAACAAUUUAGGAACAUUUUGAGGCUUCAAAUUGGAAAAGUUAAGAACAUAUGAAGGCUUCUUUCAAAAUGAUCGUUUUUAGAGAAAAAAAACCUGUGACGGACAAAACCACAUACUGCUUGCUGAUGGAUGAUUGAUUAAUUCAUUGAUUGAUUUUAUACUUUCUUUUUUUUUCAAAGAAAUAAGUUAGGCAUUUAUUUGUUUAAAUUCUAAUGGAACUACGUUUUUAAUAUUUUUAUGGAAUUUUAAAAUGUAUAUAUUAUCCUUAGCCUUACAAGAGUGUAUAUGUUUCAUAAAAUGUAGUAAUAUAUAUUUUAAUGUCUAAAAUGAUAUAUUAUCAUGUGGAAAUACUUUUGUUUUUGACUUAUA